AGAGAGAGAGAGAGAGAGAGAGAAUGGAUGGCUGGUAGGAUUUAGCCCCAGCAGUGUCUUUUUCCGUCCAACACAACAAGCUUAUUACCUUUCUGUCCACGCGCUUGGAAACGGAUUUACGCACACGAAAGGAGAAGUGUGAGUCCAUAUUUGGUACAAAUGUCACCUUCUCUCUGGGAGCAGCCUCUUUUACUGGAGUUUGGAGGAGUACGAUGCUGAGUGUCUUUUCACCUCGCCCGUGUUCUCCAUCCUGCUCUCCAUGACCUGAGAGCAACACCACAGCAGGUGGAACGAAACACCAGAGAAGUGAGGAAAGAGGAGGCCAGAAGGCCAGGGAAGAAGGAAGGAAGGAAGGAAGGAAGGAAGGAAGGAAGGAAGGAAGGAAGGAAGGAAGGAAGGACCACAGUUUUUUUGGUUAUCGUUUGUUUUUUUUUGAAAUGGCAGCAACAGAAGCCAGCGCAGCGCCGGUGGUCCAGGAAGAUGGAAAAACUCCUGAGAGCAAAUCAGCAGAAGCAGAGCAACCAGCUAAAAAUGCAAACUCAGAGACUGUCAACAGUGAAGUGGUCGAAAAAGACAGCACCGCCGUCAACAGUGAAGUGGUUGAUAACAAAGAGACUGUGAACAAUGACGCAGCUGCAGCAGGAACCGAGGAGGGCGAAGAAGCAGCGAGCAGCGAGGCAGCACCUCCUCAGAGCUCCGAAAGCGCCUCCUCCGCUGAACCCAAGACCUCAUUCCUGGACUCCUUCCUGCACAAGAGUGGCCUGGGGAAAGUCAUGGCCGGAAGGAAGAAGAAGGAACACAGCACAGCUGCAGGAGGAGCCACAGAGGAGGCAACCGAGGGAGGCGAAAAGGAGAGAGAGAAGGGAGCUGAGGAGGCUGCAGCGGCUGAGGGAGGCACAGAGGGCGAGGCAACAGUAGAGAAAGCUCCAGAAAAUGGGGAAAAGGAAGAGGAGAAGAAAACAGAAAAGGGCAAGCCGGCCGAGAGUAAAUCCACAGUUCGAGAUCUGAUCAGGAAGCCGGUGGCGAGGAUCUUCUCCCAUCGCAGCACAGAGAAGAAGGACGGAGGAGCUGCUGAGGGCCCCAAACAAGUCAAGGUCCGCUCCAAGUCCCUGGACCGCCUGGAAGAUGCAGGGGCCCUCAACACUGCUGCAGAUGCCACCAUAGAGGAGGGAGGAGCAGAGGGAGGAGCAGAAGGAGGAGCAGAGGGAGGCACAGAGGAGGAGCAGAAAGCCCCAUCCUCAGCAGGCACCAAGCACAUGAGGCGCUGGCACUCCUUCAAGAAGCUCAUGGCUCAGAAGACACACAAGAAGAGCGGAGGAGGAGCAGAAGAGGGGAAGGAGGAUGGAGCAGAAGGAGGAGAAGCUGGUGGAGGAGAUUCCUCCACACUGGACUCCAAGGAGUCAGGGCAAAAAAGGUGGAAGCUGAAACGCUCCUGGACCUUCCAGGGCCUGAAGAGGGACCCAUCAAUGGUUGGCAUCAGCAGCAAAGCCAAGGCCUCCGACAAAGACUUUGCUGACAUCACAAAGCCGGAGGAGGCAGGAGGAGCGGAGGGUGGAGAAGAGGCUAAGGCAGAAGGAGGAGCAGAGGAGGCCAAGGCAGAAGGUGGUGAGGACAAAGAGAAGGAGAAGGCAGAAGGCGCAGAGGAGGAGAAGGCAGCGGCCGCAGGAGGCGGGACAGUGACGCAACACGCCAACGAGAUCUGGACCUCGUUCAAGAAACGGGUCAUCCCCAAGUCCAAACGGGCCAACACAGAGUGCGCCCCCGGAGGGGAGGACGAGGCUCCGGCAGCCGCCGCAGAGGACGGAGCAGCAGAGGAAGGUAAAGAUGCCAAGUCCGCCAAGGCCAAGCGCUCACACUUUGGCCGUGCGGUUUCCCUCAAGAACUUCAUCAUGAGAAAGGGUAAGUCCACCAGCGUGGACCUGGGCGAGGGCGCCAAAGAGGAGGAGGAGCCAGCAGAGGCAGGGGAGGCAUCCGCAGAGGGAGGCGCAGAGGGCGAAGCCGCCCCGGCGGCCGAGGAAGCCAACGACCAGGACGCAGCAGCGACGCCGGCGGAGGAGAGCGGAGGGGAGGCGGCGAAGGAGGCGGAGAAGCCCCCGGCUGAGGUGCCAGUGACGAACGGCGAGAAUGGCUGCUCCAACGGUACGAUGGAGGAGAACGCCACACACAAUCACCAGGAGGAGGAGAAGACAACGGGGAGCAGCCCCGUGAAUAAGAGCAAGGAGGCUGGAGGAGUGAAAGAGGAGGCCAACGCCAAGAUCAUCAACGCCACUGCAGCUGUGAACAGUGACAAAAAGGCGGGAAACGUGUGAGGCCACAGAAAGAGGAUUAGAACUGCCCGGGAUUCGCUGAGCAAGGAGCUCUGAACCCCUCCCUGCCCCCACCCAAAAAUCCUCCUCCUCCUCUCCCUUCAUCCCUCCUCCCGAAUAAACGGAGUAAUCACAUGAUAACAGGCGACCACGGUGAGAAGGAGAGGAGAGAGAGGGAGGCUGAGAGAUAGAUAACGAUGCAAUUCAUGUAGAAAAGUGAAAAUGAAUAAUUACUCAGAAAGCAAUAAUUCAAGCCCAUCCAUCCAUUCAUCGUUCAUCCAUCGUUCAUCCAUCCAUCCAACACGUGUAGACAUACAAACAUGUAAAUCCAGUGUUUUUUAUUUGCUUGUCUGUGCGAUUUUUUUAUCAUCUGAGAGAAAAGAAAAAUGCAGAAAUGUAAAAAUUGAAAAUCAAGACAUUCCACUCUCCACCUUUCCUCCUCAUCGAGCGUAGACUCUGCCGACUCUUGACCGGUGGAUUUAAACGACUAAAAAAGCCAAAAAAAGAAAAAAAGACGGUUAGUUUUAUAUCGGCGGCCAUUUUGGUUUGUAGUCCCCCCAGCCGCUUUUCGUCCCUUCCUCGUCCCAGUAGGUUUUUGACAGUUCAGCAGGAUCAUGUUGCUCCAGUGUGUAAACUGCCCUGAGGACUGCCCCUUCCCAACCAACACUGCAAUGUCUUCAGCUCUGUGUGUUAAUGUUUUUAGACUGUUAUAUUGUGUACAUGAAUUAAAAAAGGAAAAAGCACCACUGAAUAUGAAAGUCAAAAUGUUUUUCUUUUUCUGUUCGGAUGGAUUCUCUUUUUUGUUCUUGUUUUAUUUUUUUUUAAACACAUCUCACUGUUUCCUGCAGUCUGACGAUACGCUGUAAUUAAAAAAACAACAAUAAUGAUGAUGUUUUGUUGGUCAAGUUUUCACAUGUCCGCUAGCAAAUUGUCAAGAAAAAAUAGUUCAAUAAAGACUAAAACCUAACAACUAA